AUGCAGCACCAUUUGGAUGCCUUGAGCAGCAUGGCGCAGCAAGUGAUAGUAUCCUACGGACUCUCAAAACACCUUGGGCACCAUGUGGUACCGCAAACCACCUUGCUGCUGGGAGUCUUGGACAGAUGGAAGUUCCAUGGCUGCAGCAGAGUUGUUCAGUGGGUCUGGAUCUGCUACCUCCACUGGUGCACGCUCGAAAGGGUUGCGCAGUGGCGGGACGCAGAGGACUUGUGGCCACUGAAAGUGCAGCCAGCAGCUGAUGUUGCUAUCAUCGGAAUUCACUUGGACUUCCAGUGCUGA